CAACAUCCCUCAUACUGUCUGACAACAAGAGGUUACCGAGUUCCUCAACAAAGUCUGGUUAGCCCCUCCAGGUUCGGGUCUUCGUGUCUUGUGAUUAUCGGGAAGGAAGCGCUUUGAAAUAAGUUUCCGUUGACGGUGGACUUGAGAUUAAAGGAAAAAUGCCGGGUUGUUGUGUGCAUAUUCCAGAGAACAUGCCUGCUCUCUGCGAAAACUGGGAUCCGAGCGAGAGGAGAAAUUUUAUUGCUUCAGUCGUGUCAGGAUGUCUUUUCUUUUUGGGAUGGUGGUUUGUUAUUGAUGCAGCUGCACAGUACCCAAGCAAUGAUGUGUUCAACCAUGCCUAUCAUGCAUGUGGGGUUAUUGCUACUUUAGCCAUGCUCAUGGUGAACACAGUGAGUAAUGGGCAAAUCCGUGGUGAUAUGUACACAGAUGGCUGCAUUGGACCAUUUGGAGCAAGAAUUUGGCUUUUCCUUGGUCUGAUGCUCAGUUUUGGUUCCAUCAUUGCUGCUUGCUGGAUUCUUUUUGGUGGUUAUGUGAUCCCUAAAUCCCAGAUUCAGUGGCCAGGUGUUGCUGUCUUCCUUCAAAAUAUGUUCAUUUUCUUCAGCUCUGUUAUAUACAAAAUAGGUCGUUCAGAGGACAAUUGGGGCUGAGUAAACCUGUACAUAAGGGAGAUAGAAUCAAAGAGACUAAGAAUUAUACAGGAUGUAGUUUUCUUGAUCAUAUUUUUGUUUUUCCUGUACUACCUCCAGAUGGGAUUUAUUUCCAAUGUGUCUGUGUGAAGAUGCGUCGGAAGUAAAUCCCGAGGAUAAGAAAAACGAAGUGCAAAGCAUCCUUCUCUCGUUAUCUCCCUUUCAUAAUAAAAUACUGAGAGAGAAUAUAAACAAGUGAAAAGACAAAAAUAAUUAUAUAGUACUCUUUAUUAAUUGAUUCUCAUCUCAUUUCAUCAGUGUUAAGUAUUAUUAUUAUAGUGAUUACCAAAUAGGUAUGAUUAUCAUAGUCAUUAUGAUGGAAAUUCUAAUGAGUGAAUUUCAUUGAUUUUUUUCUUUGCUAUCUGAAUAACCUGUACGUAUACUGUAAAUUAAAAACUUUUUCAAUUUUAUUUUUUAAGUGGAACUACUGACUGAAACAUGAAUAAUCUUGUGAAAAUGAUUCAAACUACAAAAGGUUUCAAUCUUUAAUUAAAGACAGGUUAAUGUUUUCAUGAGAUAAGUGAUAAGAUAUCAGUGCAUUCUGGUUUUCAUAUUGUGCACUAAUUCUCAACGAGAUAAAUAAUGACAGACAAGUCAGUUUAAAAAGCAAGUCGAGUUAAUAAUCCCAUUAUUAACAGAUGAGGAUAUUUUCAUCUGUCUUGAGUUUCAAAAAUUGUUUUAUUAGUUGUGCACCUGUUAUUUUCAAAUAAUGUAUGCAGUACCUUAAUAAUAAUUUCUUGACUAUUAGACAAGUUGGAAAUAUUAUCUUGCAUUAUAUGGAGAAACAAAUCCACAGUUAUGUAAAUGUACAUAUAUUUCCAUUUAAAAACAGCAAAGAUAGCUUACAGGAAUCUGUUUGUUUCCCCUCAUCAGAUUGAUAAGGGGAACCGAACAGAUUCGAAAGCUAUCUUUGCUGUUUUUAAAUUUAAAUAUAUGUACAUUUACAUAACUGUGGAUUUGUUUCUCCCUUUGAAGACUCGUGCUACUAUGAGGAUUUUUUAAUUGCAUUUUAUAGUGUAAGAAGCUAAUUUAAAGUUUUUUUUUAGACUCUUCAAUCAGAAAAAAGGCCUGUAGCCUGUUGUGUAUCAUGUCAAGGAUUUUGUUCUGUACUUAGGCAUUGAAGGUGGCCCUACUUGCAGUGCUGAAUGUGACAAUUCUUGAUUAACCUCUACCACCAUCUUUCUGUUUCAUAGGAAUUGGCUUCUAGUUAUAGCCUUCCCUUUCUCUAUUUUUUUGUUUAUAAAUGUGAGCGUUAAAUUUUCAGAUAUGCCUGGUGUCAGGAUAAUGAUACUGUAUAUUUACAAAGGUACAGUAACCACAUACUUUUACCAAGCUGUAUGUUCUGGUGGUAGAGAGUUUUAGAUACAACAUGUAUCUUUCUCUGUGUUUUGGUGUACAGUUGCUUGUGCUUUAGUUAAUUGUAUUUAGAUGUGAAACCACAUACUAUAUAGUAGUUAAUUGAUUCUAUGGAUUUCAAAGUAUUUUUGCAUUACAUUUUAUUACAUAUCUUGAUAAUACAGAGCCACCUCAUACCAACUUUUGAGACCUUAUGUGGUUAAAAGCAAUGCUUUAUUUCUCUAUUUGCAAAAUUCUAGAUUAGAUUUAAGUAUCAAAUUAAGAAAACUGAAUGCCAAAAUUAUGGGCUUCCAAAUUCUGUGCAUUCAUGUUUCUGAAUUGCAUGGACAUAAGUUAGCUGCAGCAAUAAAGCACCUCAGCCCAUAUUUAUUGUUGGUGUGAACUAAAAUGAAUUUUGGAAUUUAUGAAAGUUUAUGAAAAAUGUAUGCUAUUAUUCCUGUAUAAUGUUUUUAAAUAUAUGAAGAUUGAUUCCGAGAGUGAAAUAGUAAACAGUGUUUUAGUUUUGUAAAGAAAAAUUUUGUAGGACUGUUCAUGGAUUGCCACCAAUUGUUUAUGCGAAUCUUGUAUUUAACUUGUGCUGAGGAAUGGUUUUGGGUUUACGAGUCAGUACAGUUUAUAUUACUAUACUUUAAAUUGAAGACUUUUCAGUGCAUUUCCAUUGGCCUUUGGACUAAAUUCUAUAUUCAGAUCAAUUUUCAUUGGUCCUGUGGACCAAAUUCUAUAUUCAGAUCAAUUUUCAUUGGUCCUGUGACUGUAGUUGACAAUAUUAUGCCAUUCAGCAGUUUGCGUUUCUCAUUCAUAUUAAAUUAUUUCUGGAACAUGUACAGUAUUAAAAAGGUUUGUUGCUACAAUAUGCAUCCUUACUACAGUACCUGUUUGACUGGCUUGAUUAUUUCAUUUUGUGUAUUACAGUAUUUUAGAUAUGUAUUUCCUGUGUACUGACUCACAUUACUGCAAAGUUUCAAAGAUUGUUGAAAAUUUGUUGAAAAGUGGCGUUAAGUUCCAGACCAUGUGUUUCCUUGGAUGUUGGUUUGGCAAAGUUAGUGUUGAUCUUGUUCAUGUUAUGGAAACUUUGUUGAUUUUCAUUCCUUCCUGUUGUCAUUGUAGGCAUGUAUAAAAGGUGGUGGUUAGAUUCCUGGCACAGUACAGUAUUUGUAUAUUCAGAAGCAAAAGUGAUGUAUUGUAAAAUAUAUAUAUAUUUUUUUCAUGUUAGCACAGGAGAGUAAAUUUUUUUGUCAUUUUAGCACAUGAGAGCAAGCAUAUUUUUUUUGGGGGGUCACAUAUGCAAGUUUCAAAAGGACUAAGAAAUCAGUCUUCUGUCAAGUUCUCUUGGGUCGUAAGGGGAGCUAAGUGUAAAGUUGCAACCACAUAUUUUAUAGGAACCUUUUGGCCAGCUGAUUGUUUUCAACAGGUAUUAAGUUAUAUUCUGUACUGUAGCGCUUUGAUGACAGCGAAUGAACAUAGAAGUAUAAAUAAGGAGUUGAAUGGAAAUUAUAUAAGUAAUGACUUUUAAAGGAAAUUAUAUAAAUAACGAGUUUAAAAUAGAUACCCUAAUGAUUGAUGAGUUUAAAAUAGAUACCCUAGUUAUCGAUGUUUAACAUGGUGAAGUCAAGAAAUUUGAUUUAUAAUUGAAUUGAAAACUCAUAAAUAAGAUACAAGAAAUUUGAUUUAUAAUUGAAUUAAAAACUCGUAAAUAAGAUAAGAAAUUAUAUCUAUAAAAUUAAAAUAUUUGUUUUCUAAAAUUUCAGUUAAUCUUACCAUCUAUGUAGAUGGUACAUCCACUUCUCAUUUACAUACCUUCUGCAGUGAACCAGAAUGUGCUCAACUGUCAAAGACCUAUCACAGUGAACACACAUGAGCACUACUGCCAUCAAGAAGAAAAUUGUCAGUAGACAGUGACCAAUCCUCAGCCUUGUUAAAAUAACUUCAGUCUUGUCACUUUGAUAGGAUGAUUGCCAAAAAUCCUAUUUGAGGUCUUAAUAGUUUUUAACUUAUUAGCAGGAAGGGGAGAUGACCAUUGCUCCUGCCACUUGCUUAGUAUACAAUUACAAAUAGAGAUUUACUAUCUAAGUGGGGCACUCUAAUUUGUACCAAUUUCUCCUUGGGUACAGGCAUUCUUUGCUUCUCUUGUCUGCUUCUUCAUUCCCUGGGGUCCCAACAUGACCAGGAAUUAUAUUUAAAACCUCAUAAACUGAAUGAUGAAUUAUUAAUGGGAAGGGAUAUCAAUCAUGCUAUAUUCAUAAUGACCUUUAGAGGAUGAUAAGCUCAUAGGCAUUGCAUUUGUGCUUAUGAAGUUUACUUUUGCUCUGGUGAUUCACAAUUGUUGGAAUUUUACAGUGGACUAACUUAGCUUUAUUUAGCCUAAUGCUUUGAUGGUAACCAUUUAGGUAUUUAGUCGAGAGUUUGCUACAAUGUAGUCCUCCCUCCAGGACAGUCAGGAACCACGUCUCACACUCUCAACCUAUUAAAUUUUUUUUUUUUCUCCUUUCAAUUAUGAUAAUCCCUCUUUCCCAUACUUUUGUAUCCUGUUGUGUUUCUUUAAUGUCCAUCUCUUGCCUUUACAGCCAGUUGUUAUUGGUCAAAUUACUCUUCUAAGUUUGUGAUAUUGGUUGCCUUCACAGCUUCCAUACUUAGCAAAGGACUGGCAUAUUUACUCAUCAGUUGUGGUAGGUUUUGAAUCUACUGCUGCUAUGCAGUAACGGUAAUAAUUCUGUGGUUUUAGUAAGAUCUCUCUUUCUCUUGUGAUUUGCAUAUGAGGUCUUGAUAUUUCCUGGGAAUACUAGUUACUAAUCUCUGUCCGACAUCACAUGGAAAUUUAUGUCAGACAAAAAUAACAUCAUCACAUGGAAAUUUGUCAGACAAAAAUAAUAUCACAUGGAAAUUUAUGUUGGACAAAAAUACCAACUCCUGUGGGUGUACAUAUGCAGUUUUGCUGGAUCUACCAGUAAGUUGAUACUGUGGUCUGUUCAUGCGAAAAAAAGGCUGUUAGUGAUCAUUUGGUUUAUGAAUUUUACAACUAAUUUGUCGUCUUAAAGGACUGUCUGUCUUAUCCUCUAAUAAUUCACAUUCCAUACUUUAAAGUUUUGAGCCAAACAUGAGAAUGACACCUAAAACUAGCAUAAUUAAAAAACUGAAAUAGUUUAUUACACCAUUUUACUGUAUUUGUCAGACCUGUAAUACAUAUUAGUCUUCCUUUUCAUGGGAUAGUCAAAGAUUGCUUAUAUAUGCAUAUUAACUUCAACAGUUUUUAUGAAAUUCACCUGUUCAUGUGUUUCUUGAAAACAUUGCUUAUAUAUGCAUAUUAACUUCAACAGUUUUCAUGAAAUUCACCUGUUCAUGUGUUCCUUGAAAACAUACUUAAUUCAGGUUUAUGCGUUGCAUAAUUAUAUACUUUAAUUAAUACAAGUAUAUAUAUGUCAAUAUUUAGUUAAAUAUGGUGCAGUGAAGUAAAUUGAUUUACAAAAACUACCUCCUCUGCUUGCUACAGUACUUCCACUUAAAAGAUCUUUUCUGGAUUGAACUUUGAUAGGAAUGUUACCGUUAGGUUUCUGGCUUAAGUCACUGAACUGUGAUGGUCUCUUGUAAUUUGUACUUUGAACAAGUUGACCAAGGACUUGAUUAAUGUUGGUUUGGUGUCUUUACCAGAUAUUUCAUGUCCUCUCCAUUUGUCUUAUUUAUUUACAUUGUAGUAAGUUGCCUCAAAGUUUCUUUAUAUAAAAAGGGAAUAUAUGUUAUGUAGACUUCUCUAUACAUACCAUAAUGCUAAUGUUCUUGCAGAGGUGUUUAUCGCUCUAUAUUAGUUAUUUAAGUUGUGGUAGUUUUACAUUCGUUAGAAAAUAUUCAUGGGAAAUGAAUACAUACUCCAAGUUCAACUAAAUACCAAUCUUGAGCCUUCAUUAAUUUUAAACCUACAGAGCUCACAUGUUGUAAGGCAUUUUUUAAAUCUUGCUUGUUUUACCGAUUUUAUCCUCAACAGUGAGAGUAUACAGAAUAUUCAAAUGACAUUUUCAUGAAUUUGAAACUGGUAAAAAUGGCGUACACUCACGUGAUUUCAUGGAUUUAGUUGCGGUAAAUUAUUCAUUUGGAAAAUAUUAAGUAACUGACUUGUCUAUCAGUUUUCCAAAUUUAGUUUUUUAUUUUAUUUUUAUUUUUUUUUUAAUUUUCCAAUUCUAACAUGAGGCUAAAUUUGAGUGAAAUUGGAGGUUACUUUCUUAUCAAAGUAAAUACUAUGCAGUUAACUUUAGUCUAGAAUUUUUGAAUAAUUACUAGUUUACUGUGAAUAUCAUAUAAGUCAAGGGAAAUGUGAGUUCAUUGCAUUUUAUUAGCAGUGGGAUCGGUGUCAUGAAGUUUGAAGUAUGUGGAUUCUAAUCUGUACACUGGAAAGUGAAUUUAGAAUGCAGAAAAAUUGAUAAAAAGUAUUCAAAAAUUUUUGUUCAAGUAAUUUAUGUUGCGGGUGAGAUUUUAUUUUGUAGUAAGUGUUAUUUAUUAUGUGAAAUUUAUUAAAAUUACCAUUUGUGAAAUUCAUGAAGUUUUUGCAAGCUAUAAAAAUAUUGUAAAUGCACAGAAACACUCCAUCUUUAGUAGUGUGUUAUUUAUGGUGAUGUCUUUAAGCUUGGUUGGUUGGUUUUAUAAAGUUUAGGUGUAACACCAAGCACUGGGGCAGCAAAGGCCGUUUAGCACUUACAUGUCUUUUAAGCACAAUCUAUGAGACUGUGAUUAAAUUUUGUUAUUGUUCCCUAUGUCAUGCAGUAUGCAAAAAGGAAAAUCAGGCUUGUUACUUACCAUUUGAUGAUUGCAGGACUUUGAAAGAAAAAUGUUAACAAUAUAUAUAGUAAAUAACAACAAAUUCCUAAAUAUAAACGUACUAGAUUUUGAAGACUGAAAAUUAAACAUAUGUAUUCAGCACACUACUUUAAUUUCUUAUAAUUUCAUUGAAAGGAUGGAAUGAAACUAAAGACUGUACCUAACAACAUAAUGUUAGGAAAACACUUUACAGCAUAUUUUGCUGUACAUGGGUAACUCUCAUAGGAUAUCUGAAGUCAUGCAUAAAUAAGUUAAUAAAAUUCUUUGACUGAAAUGAUUAAGUUUGCCGCCCUCCCCCUUAUUUUUCACUAGUGGCUGUACACGAUGUUUAAAUGUCUAUCCUCUUAACAGUUUUGUCUAGUAAUUGAGUGUUAUGUAAAGUGAAGAAUUGUAGAGGGGGAGGGCCCCUUGAACACCAAAUUUUUUCUUGGAAUCUUGAACAUUUGGAUUUUUAAUUUUUCUUAUUUAAUAUUCUUAAGUGAAUGAAUGUUUCUUGGUUCAAAAUUAUUAACUAUCUGUUAUUUCAAGUAUAUUACUGCUUUGAGGAAGGCAUACUGUAACAAAAUUGGGGAAACAUGAAGAGGAUAUUUAAUACUCCAUUGAGUGGUGUUCACUUUUGUUCAACCAAGCAGCAAGUUGCUGCUCUUAGGUUGUAAAGUAAGUAGUCUGGAAGUGUAAUGGAAACUUCAAAAUUCCAAACAAAAGUUUUCAAGUGGAGUGGCUGCUGUGUGAACAGUAGUAAAUUUACUGACUUAGAAUAGAACUUUAUUGUAUUUUAACACUCAUAUUUACAUUGGUUGUUUCUGUACAGUUGCUCUCCUCCUUGAUAAGGAUGGUCACAUGGUAUUUUAAGAAGUUAUAUAAUCUAUAUAAUCAUAAAAUAUUUAGCUUUGACAACUUUGCAAGUUUAAGUAUAGGUAUGUGUCAUGUUUGUAAUUUAUUAACGGAAAACUAAUUUUUCUAGAAAAAGUUGUACAGGUAUUUAUGAUGUAAUAUACUGUAGUGCUGUAUUA